UGUUCUUGUCUUCCUUUCUGCAGUUUUUCACUGAUGGAAUAACCAACAAGCUGCUCGGCUGUUACGUGGGCGCAGUCAUGCAAGAUGUGGUCCUGGUCCGUAUUUACGGCAACAAAACUGAGCUGUUGGUCGACCGGGAGAACGAGGUUAAAAGUUUCAGAGUGCUCCAAGCACACCGCUGUGCCCCACGUCUUUACUGCACCUUCAACAAUGGCCUGUGCUAUGAAUUCCUGCAAGGCACUGCCUUGGACCCUGAACACAUACGCAGCCAACCUGUUUUUAGGCUUAUUGCGAGGCAGCUGGCCAAGUACCAUGCCAUCCAUGCCCAUAACGGCUGGGUACCUCGCUCUGACAUGUGGCUCAAGAUGGGCAAAUACUUUGCCCUCAUUUCCAAGUGCUUUAAGGAGCAUGAUGGGUUGAGCUUGGAGGUUCCCAGCCCACAGGCCCUCCGGAAGGAGCUGCUGUGGCUCCAGCAGAGUUUGUCUUUGCUGGACUCUCCAGUAGUUCUCUGCCACAAUGAUCUUCUUUGCAAAAACAUCAUUUAUAACCAGAGGGAAGGCAGUGUAAAGUUUAUUGACUAUGAGUAUGCAGGCUACAAUUACCAAGCCUAUGAUAUUGGGAAUCAUUUCAACGAGUUUGCAGGCCUGAAUGAAGUGGACUAUAGUCACUACCCGCAGCGGGCCUUUCAGCUACAGUGGCUCCGCUCCUACCUGGAGGCAUACAAGGAGCACAAGGGUCAGGAUGGCGAGGUUACUGACAAAGAGGUGGAGAUUCUUUAUGUUCAAGUCAACAAAUUCACCUUGGCGUCUCAUUUCUUCUGGGGUCUCUGGGCUCUAAUACAGGCCAAGUUCUCCACCAUCGACUUUGACUUCUUGGGAUAUGCAACGCAGCGUUUCAAGCAAUACUUCAAGAUGAAACCAGAGGCAGCUGCACUGACGUUACCAUAUUAAAAGCAGCUCCUGUUCUUUAAUCUUCCUGCUUUCUCCCUGCUCCUCAUAUGAUGACUGCAGGGCGCCCUCUAGAGGACUGCCUGAAGAAUAAAUCCACUUGAAAUUCCUGUUUUGUCCAUUUUCAGAGACUGGAUAGAGAGCGGUCCGAUCAUCUGCAAAUGCUGGAAGUCACUUUUAAGAUGGACAGAUUUAAACCCUUUUAUAAUGUGAUGCACAUGUGGCUAAAUCGCUUUUUUAUUUAGUAGUUUCUAUUGUGUCUUGGAUGUGAACAUCAGAUCAUUAUACUGUACUUCGUACCUUUUCGAGACGGUAACCUUUUAUAGGUGACCUGAACACUAAUUUGAUUGUUUUUAGAGAUGAAAUGAAGGCAGCAUCAAGCUCCGCCCCCUUUCUCAGUUGCUCUCCUCUGGUUCACUAGAGUAGCACCACUCUGCAGCUAGUUGGGACCUGCUGUUUUUGUCUCCUACAGGUUGUAGGGAAGCAUUUAGUGUUUACUUCUGAAGUCGCCACUGAGUUGAAGAGUUGUGCAUCACUUUAGUGCAGAUUUCUCCCUUACUUUGGCACUUAACUGAUUUACAUAUUAAUGGCUUCCAGGAAGGCACCUCAGAGGAAUCGGACCAUUCCAUGUUCAUAAGGUCAGUCAUACGAUAGGUCAGCAGAUUUAACUCUCUAAGAGACUGAGCUCUACUGUUUUAGACUAAACAUGACGCUGUCUGUGGUCUCUUUCUGUACUUCAUACUGACUGAAUCACUCGCUCACAGUGUGAUCAUUGGAUUAAUUGAACUUGUGAUAUUUGAGUUAACAUUGGGGUUUGUAAAAAUUAAUGGUCUGGGAAAAUGGGAGGAGCUUGUCUGUUAGGUCAUAAAGAGAAAACCAGAUUAAACGAAUAAAAAUAGCACUAGAUCUUUACAAAACAUUUAGAUUAAACGGGAUCUAAUACAUUUAAAUUAUAACCGUGAUAAAUUCUGCUGUUAAAAAUGUAAAGCUUUACUUAUUAGAUUUAUAUUUUAUAUCAUUUGUGUUGUGAUACAUUCACUAACGGGAAGAUACAGGGUGAUGAUGUAUAACACUGACUAGUCUGGAAUCUAGCCUGGUCUUGGCUGCUAAACACAUGUCAUGCUUGUUGCUUUUGCUAACGUCUGUAGAUUAAAAUAAAUGUGAAGCAACAAGUGGGGAAGGGGCAGUGUUGCAUUAAUCUAAAUGUCAUACAGCUGGAAAAACUGGUCACUUCAGCAGUUUAUCUGGCACCUCAUUAAACGGACCAUACAUUCUAGUUUUUUUAUUUUAUUUUUUAUUUAACAUUUCUAAUCUUUGACAAAUUCCGAUGUCACUAAAUGCCUGGUUUAAAAUUACAAUUGGAUGAAAAUGGCUUUGUACAGUUACUGAAAGCUUUUUGGUAAUGAAAACUGAUUUCUUUAUCAAACAAGCCAACAACAGAUUGCUGCCCCUUUGCUCUAAUACUGUGUACAUUUCAGGACAUCAGUGAUGUAUUUCUUUUUUUUGUUUUCCUAAUGAUGGAAAUCCUGUUUCGCAAACACUGUCCAUUAAAUUUGGGAUUGAAUUUAUUGAAAAUGUUCCUGUUUCUGCACAUUACCUGCUUAUGAGCAGGUAUCCAA